AUGGUGCGCAAUGACUCUGUGCUGCAGGGCGAGCGACUCAUCUACUGCAUCACUGUCCCUAUGUCCACCGCGAUAAUCCUGGCCAACCUGCUCAUCCUCCUGUCCUUCGCCUGUAACCGGCAGCUGCACAACACGUCAAACUACUUCUUUGUGAGCCUGCUAGUGGCCGACCUGUGCACGGGCGUAGCCCUGCCCUUCAUACCCUGGAUGGGCAUCAACCGUGACCUGGACUUCGGGGCCUGCUUGUUGGCGCACAUCCUCCCCAACUUCCUCUUCCUGUCCUUCCUGUUCAACCUGGUGAUGGUGCACUACGAGCGCUACCUGUGCAUCGUGAGCCCGCUGCACUCCGGCCGCUUCUGGGUGCACCGCUGCUUCCCGCUGGCGCUUCUCGUGGUGUGGGCACCUCCGCUGCUCUAUGCCUCGCUGCCCGCUUUUGGCUGGAACAACAGGGAUGCCUCGGGUCCGGGGGGCUGCGUCCCUGCUUCCAACGGCACCUCUGGGGAAGGGCGCUGCCCAGCGCAGCCACACCGCAACGGGGAGGACAGCUGCUCCUACCGGCGCAUUUUCCCCACGUCCUUCAUCUACCUGGAAGUGUACGGGCUUCUCGUGCCCGCCAUCCUGGCCAUUGUGGGCAUGACGUGCCGUGUGCUGUGCAUCGCACGCGUGCAGCUGCGCGACAUCUGCAAGCUGCACCGAGCCGUGGGCCAGACGGGAGCCUCCAGCAGCGAGCAUCAGCUCAAUCUGCGCUACGCCCGCUGCGUGGCAGUCGUCUCGCUCAUCUUCCUGGCCUGCUGGGUUCCCUACAUCGCCUACGUGCACGUGUCUGUGCUUCAGAUGAAGAAAAGGGGCGGAUCCUCCACCAUGCACAUUAUCCUGUCCUGCACGGGGAUCGGCACCACGGCCGUCAUCCCCGUCAUCCUGGGCCUGGCCAACAGGCAGUACACACAGCCCUUACGCGUGCUGCUGUGCAGACUCCGGGGCCGCUGCCGCACAUCGCCAGAAACUGCGGAUGUGGAGCUGUGA